ACGAAAGGCGGAGCCUAAACGUGAUAACUGCCAUUGGGAAAUGUGGAACCUCUCUCUGUCAGGUCUCUGACUGUCUACAUCGAGUGUCUGCCGAUAGGUGGUUGACCUCUACAUCGAUUUGCGCGUUCGGAAGCUCCUAUUCUGUGCUACUCAAGCUCGAGGCGAAUGAAUUGGAUUCCUUUCUUUCGUCAUUCGUCCAAGAGACGUGGGAAUCCGCCGAGUCCGCUGAGUUCCACGCAGAGCAACAAGUUGACGUCACUGUUCACACGUCGACGCGGCAAGUCGACUAAAACGAAGAUGUUGAGCUGUGAGAGUGUGGAGGCGGCGGAAGGAUCAAGAGGUGCCUGCAGUACUAGUCAGGAGUCGGACUGGUUCCUCGUCAAUCCGGACGAGUCGUCGACGUGGACCGACUUUGAUUGCUUUCCGAGCCGUCGAACCCAUUGCGCGCCGACCGAUUGCGGACGCGUCUCUCGCUCCGCACCGUGCAGUCCGAGACCGAAUCGGAAGUCGCGCCCGUUGUCGUCGCUGACGUCGACCGGCUCGUCGUGCGACACGAUCACGAGAACGUGGAGUCUGUCGGAGACCGAUCGAAUGGAGGGAUUCGCGAUCCGACAGCCGAGGUCUCCGCUUUUGUCUCGAUCGUCAGCGAGCACGUUGGGCCGUCCGAGUCCGACGAGAGACGACAGAAUCGCGGCGUUUCCUGAUCGACCGUCGCGCUCGUCUCGUUCCUGCAGCGCUCCGCGAUUACAAAACAGGAAGAUGAGAAACUCGCUCGGCUCGUCGGACCUGACGAGGGCGAGAGUGUCUUUUCGAGACGCGAUCGACGCCGACGACCGGGACAAGAAGGAGCACUUUACCGUGCACACGAUUAUGGUCAAUCACAGAGAGACGGACGACAUGCAGCAGCAGUUGAAUCAAUACAUUGUGGGAGAUGUGAUUGGCAGAGGCUCCUUUGGUGUUGUACGGAAGUGUACUAAUGUCUUUGACAAGAAAGACUAUGCACUCAAAGUCAUACCCAAGGGUCGUUUGAGGAAAGAAUCUACUAGUAGGAAGUUGGGUGCUGCUGGGAGAGAUAGUCUUCAAGCUGUUAAGCACGAGAUUGCGAUACUCAAGAAAGUCAAUCAUCGAAAUAUUGUGAAACUCAUGGAGGUCAUCGAUGGAGAGAAGGAAGACGAAAUGUAUCUCGUGUUUGAGUUGGUGGAGCAAGGGCACCUAUUUGAAGUCAACGUGAACCAGACUAUUCCCGAGGAGAGAGCUUGGGAUUAUUUUAUUGACAUACUACUCGGUGUCGAGUAUUUGCACUAUUUAAACAUCGUUCAUCGAGACAUCAAACCUUCAAACCUACUCCUCGAUAGCGAGGACAGAGUCAAAAUUGCCGACUUUGGAGUCUCCAAGAUGUUUGCAGACAGUCGUCCGGCUCUAUUAUCCAGAAGCGCAGGCAGUCCAGCAUUCAUGGCACCCGAAACAUUAAAAGACGAGUCGAGCGAGACACUCGAGUACGGUGCCAAGCCUGCGGACGUGUGGUCGAUGGGUGUCACUCUGUAUUGCAUGGUGUUUGGCAUAUGCCCGUUCUGGCCAAGACAUCGAGGCGACAUACUGGACCUGCACGACAAGAUACUACACGAAGAGCUGCAGUUUCCUGACAUGCUCGAGAUCAGCUUGGAGCUAAGAAAUUUGUUGAUUUGUCUACUGGAGAAGGAUCCCGCAAAGCGAAUCACAAUACCAGAGAUUCGAAAUCACAUGUGGGUUAUCGGUCGUAUCGGUCAGCACUGUCAACGUCUGGACGAGAACAACGUGGCCGAUACGACCGUAACAGACGAGGAGGUGACGGCCGCGUACGGGCAAGGUCACCGAACUCGAAUCACAGUCAGCGAGUCGUACCAUUUACUUCAUAACAAUGUCACGAAUCUGAUCACCGAAGACUCCGGUCUAGGUAGCAGUAGAGAAGUAUCGCCUUCACACAUCGAACCAAGUUUAGUGAAGAACGAAAGCUGAGCUCGUAUCAUACUCAGAGAUGUCUUCGGCUACCUGAAAUGCCUCACUAAGUGUGCAAGCCCCGCUACCUUCAAUCCUUCUAAUAGCAAAUUAUUAUUCUUAAGAUGAUAACCCGUUCUAACUUAUUGCUCUGGAUCACAGAUUUCUCGGUAUGACUGUUCACUGCCUGAUGGAUAUAUAUAUAUAUAUAUAUUAUUGGAAAUUAAUUAAAGUUAACUGUAUUUUUUGUUUAGUGCGCGACAGAGCUAGGCUCUUGUAGAUAUGGCUAUUGUAGAUAGUUGUAGAAUCUAAAUGAGAGUACGCAUGCGUGAAAUGAUUGCAGGAAUGAUGUGAAGUUGCAGUA